AUGUUCUCAUUCACAGACCAUCUAGCCAAAGUUUUACUACCCCUACCCAACCUACACACUCCCACAAGUAAUAGGUCGGAGAGGAACCUCGUUAACGCACCACACCUCCUCAGCUUCUUUUUGAACUUUGUCCUGCGGAACCGCGUUCUCCCAAAAGUCUCACAUGAACACGGCAUCCGCAAUGCCCUCGAUAUUGUGGAGCUCGCGAAGAAGGAGCUGCCCUUGACAUACAAGAUUGGGCGGGCGUUACCCAAUGUGCUCAGCACUCUCAAAGAACAUGGGCGACAAACUCGACAAGGAGAAGGGCCGCAUGCUCCUUCCCCACAACCUCCUCUUGAUCUUACACCUUCUCUGGCGAAGGCUCCACCCCCACCAAACCUGACCUCAGGCCUAGUGCUGAGUUCAGAGAGGGCCGCAGAUGCAGGAGAGAUGCUCUAUCCACCCACAAAGAACUCGACAUUCUCAAAGUCGAGCAUUCCCGUACUUUCUCCUCCCAAACUUGUGCCCUUCAAGAUCUCCAAACCCAAGAAAAAGACCUGCACUCACAAGCGCACGGGGUCGUUGAUGGAUGAAGUUGCGAAGUUGAGGAGGACGGUGCAUGAGAUGCAGCAGACCAUUCAGAGUGCAGUUGCGCAAGGAGCGGGAUUGGGAUUGGGAUUGGGAUUUAAUUGGGAGGGUGUGAUCCAGGACAAGUUCUAUGGACAGUAUUUUGAAGAUCCUGGCUGCAUCUGGUGUGAGGAGAGUCAGUGUCAGUUCGAGCGUGUCCAGCGGAUAGGAAGGAAAUGCGACAGCGAGUACUGA